AUGGGUAUGCUCGCCAGCGUGUAUACAGAUGAUGAAGAGAGAGGCAACGCAAUGGGAAUUGCACUAGGAGGCCUUGCUAUGGGAGUAUUAGUGGGCCCACCUUUUGGGAGCAUCAUGUAUGAGUUUGUGGGGAAGAGUUCUCCUUUCCUGGUGCUGGCAGCACUAGCUCUGUUAGACGGAGCUGUUCAAUUAUUUGUUCUGCAGCCAUCCAGAGCACAAGCAGAAAGUCAGAAGGGGACACCGUUACUGACACUUUUGAAGGACCCGUAUAUCAUUAUUGCAGCAG